CCUAGUAGCCCCGUGCACUGCUGAGCAAAAGACGAAGAAGAAGCAGCGGCCGGUAUCCGGAUCCGCAGCUGGGGUUUCUGGGAGCUAACAACAUGGCGUUCAAUUUUGGCGGUGCGGCGACUAAUCCCGCGGCAAGCACAUCAGGGUUUUCUUUUGGUUCGUUUGGUGCCAAAACAACAGCAUCAACAGCAUUUGGCUUCGGCGCCCCAGCCGCCACCACCACGACCGCCUCCUCAGGCUUCGGCACUCUUACAGCCCCUGGUUUUGGGGCACCUACCACCACAGCUGCAGCAGGAUUUGGGUUUGGCUCCACCACCACUGGAUUUGGGGGGCUGGGAGCCGGGAACACCGCGGCUGGUGGGUUUAGUUUUGGGGGGUUUGGCGUAAAUGCCAACACAGCAGCAGUCAGCUUUAAUGUGGGGUGCUUUGGUACAACAACCACCACUGGCACUGUUUUCAAUUUUGGUAAUAGCCUGGCUAGCACAGGUGCUUUUGGUGGCUUUGGGACAACAACAACAUCCGCUGCUGCUCCCGGGUCCACUUUCAGCUUCGCCACUCCAUCCAACACCACAGGGGGUCUGUUUGGUGGCACACAAAACAAAGGGUUUGGGUUUUCCUCUGGGCUUGGUACCGCGACUGCCACUGGGACCACAGGAUUUGGAACUGGAUUAGGAACAACCAGUCUGGGUGGCUUUGGAGGCUUCAGUAUCCAGCCAGCUCAGCAACAGCAAGGAGGCUUGUUCGGCCAGCAGGCCCAGCAGGGUCAGGCCCAGCCCACUCAGCUGUACCAGCAGGUUACUGCUCUGUCAGCUCCCACCCUCUUGGGAGAUGAGCGUGAUUCCAUCCUAGCUAAGUGGAACCAGCUGCAGGCUUACUGGGGAACUGGCAAGGGCUACUAUAGCAACAACACGCCACCUGUAGACUUCACCCAGGAGAAUCCCUUCUGUAGGUUCAAGGCAGUGGGCUACAGCUGUGUCCCUGUGAGUAAGGAUGAGGAUGGCUUAGUGGUCUUGGUCCUCAACAAGAGGGAAGCUGAUGUGCGAGCUCAGCAGCAGCAUCUGGUAGAGUCCCUUCACAAGGUCCUAGGCAGCAACCAGACGCUCACUGUCAAUGUGGAGGGUGUCAAAGCUCUGCCUAAUGACCAGACAGAGGUGAUUGUUUAUGUGGUGGAGCGUUCUCCUAAUGGCACAUCCAAGCGGAUCCCUGCAAGCACGCUCUUCAACUAUGUGGAGCAAGCCAACAUAAAGGGCCAGCUCACACAAAUCGGAGUGCUCAUGACAGUUACACGCACAGAGCUGUCUCCAGCACAGCUCAAACAACUCCUGCAAAACGCUCCUGCAGGAGUGGACCCUAUAAUUUGGGAACAGGCCAAAGUGGACAACCCUGACCCUGAAAAGUUAAUCCCAGUGCCCAUGGUGGGUUUUAAGGAGUUGCUUCGCAGACUGAAGAUCCAGGAGCAGAUGACUAAACAGCACCAAACCAGAGUGGAUAUUAUUUCCAAUGACAUUAGCGAACUGCAGAAGAACCAAGCUACCACAGUGGCCAAGAUUGCUCAGUACAAGAGGAAGCUGAUGGACCUGUCUCACCGGGUCCUACAGGUGUUGAUCAAGCAAGAGAUCCAGAGGAAAAGUGGUUAUGCCAUCCAGGUGGAUGAGGAGCACCUCAGGGUGCAGCUGGAUACCAUUCAGUCUGAGCUCAAUGCACCCACUCAGUUCAAGGGUCGGUUGAAUGAAUUAAUGUCCCAAAUCCGGAUGCAGAACCACUUUGGAGCAGUGAGAUCUGAGGAGCGCUACAAUGUUGAUGCAGAUCUUCUCAGAGAGAUCAAACAACACUUGAAACAGCAGCAGGAGGGUCUAAGUCACCUGAUCAGUGUCAUCAAGGAUGAUUUGGAAGACAUCAAGCUGAUAGAGCACGGGCUCAGCGACAGUGGACACAUGAGAGGAGGGAUCCUCAGCUGAGCCCCACUUACCCUUCCUAUCACAUAAACUUAGACUCUUUUUCAUUUUCAAUUCUCUGCAAAGUGGCAUGCCUUCCUGCCCUGAAAAAGUCAAAAUGUUUUAUCUGAUUCCCUUAGCUCUUCAAAUAAGCACUGAGGAGUGAACAACCCCUGUGUGCUGUAUGGUGUUGACUUCAUGAGAGUGGUAAUUCUUUUAUUUCACUUAUCUUCCUCCCAUGAAUACACUUGUUGGAGAGAUAAAUCGGGAGGAGUCACUCUCUCUGUCUGUCCAAUUAGCAGUUUAUAUUUAUUCAAAAAAAGUCUACCUUUGCAGGCGUAUCAUAACUGUGUUCAUGCAAUCCCGCCAUCUGUACCAGCAAAACAGAAGAAACAAAUGAUUGGUUAGUCUGCACAUCCUGGGAUCACAGAGGCAUUGAUGGAAAUCCCCAGCUGUUUCUAAUAAUAGCUUGCUUCCCAUAUUGCAAAUCAGAUUAUGGAUGUAAGACUAUGAAUGUGACAGGCAUGUAAACAGUGUGUGGGAUUGAAUGUGUGACGUGAUUGAACACGUUGUAAAUACAUCUUUGUAUUGUUAAUGUUUUUUAUGCUGGAUUGAUAUUAAUAAAAAAAAUUAACUCAAAUU